UGGAUAGGGUCGUUUUCUGUGCCAAUUUUUUGCCCAAAACUUUUUGCACGCGUUCCAGCCGUACCGCUUUGGAUAAUUACACGCUGCCAGAACUGCUUUUUCCGAUCAGGACAACCGUUGCAGAAGUUUUUCACUCAUCCUAUUCUCACGCACCGUGUUUAGUGCAUUGCUUUACUACCCCUAUCACCACGUGUUUUUGUCCAAGCAACACUUGAGGGGGGUAGCGACAGCAAUCGACGUGUUGACGACUGAAGAACUCACCCCACCGGAAGGCUGCUGAUAGUAUAAACCAUGGAGAACGGAAACUCGAACCUCCAGGAUGGGCUCUCGUGCGAGGAGCUGUUUAAAAAAAGCGACGGACUGACGUACAACGAUUUUAUCAUCCUGCCCGGUUACAUCGAUUUCACUGCCGAAGAGGUGGAUUUGUCCUCGCCGCUAACGAAGAAAAUCAUGCUGAAGGCACCGCUGGUGUCCUCCCCCAUGGACACGGUCACCGAAGCAGAAAUGGCUAUCUCGAUGGCGCUGUGCGGGGGCAUUGGCAUCAUACACCACAAUUGCACGCCCGAGUACCAGGCGAACGAGGUGCACAAGGUGAAGAAGUACAAGCAUGGCUUUAUCCGCGACCCGCUCGUCAUGGGGCCAGAAAACACGGUCGCUGAUGUGCUGGAAGCGAAGCGCAAGAACGGCUUCACUGGUUAUCCGAUCACGGAGAACGGCAAAAUCGGCACCCGUCUGGUCGGUAUCGUGACCUCGCGUGACAUCGACUUCCGCGAGCAUGACGUCGACAUCAAGCUGAAGGAUAUCAUGACGAAGCUCGAGGACCUGAUAACGGCCCCGAACGGUGUCACGUUGCAGGAGGCCAACAGCAUCAUGGAGAAGAGCAAGAAGGGAAAGCUACCGAUCGUGAACAAAACGGGCGAGCUUAUCGCAUUGAUAGCUCGCACCGAUCUGAAAAAGGGACGCACCUACCCGAACGCCCUCAAGGACAGCAACAAGCAGCUGCUCGUGGGGGCAGCGAUCGGUACACGCGACGAGGACAAGGAUCGAUUGGAGCUGCUGCACCAGAACGGCGUUGACGUGAUCGUGCUGGACUCAUCGCAGGGCAACUCAAUUUACCAGAUCAAUAUGAUCAAGUACAUCAAGGAGAAGUAUCCUUCACUGCAGGUGAUCGCCGGUAACGUGGUCACGCGCCAGCAAGCCUUCAAUUUGAUCUCGGCUGGUUGCGAUGCAUUGCGCGUGGGCAUGGGUUCUGGCUCGAUCUGCAUAACACAGGAGGUGAUGGCGUGCGGAUGUCCCCAGGCCACGGCCGUUUACCAGGUGUGCAAUCUCGCCCGUCAGUACGGCGUUCCGGUUAUCGCUGACGGUGGCAUUCAAUCGAUCGGACACAUUGUGAAGGCGCUUUCAUUGGGAGCCUCCGCUGUGAUGAUGGGAUCGCUGUUGGCCGGAACCUCUGAAGCACCCGGCGAGUACUACUUCAGCGAUGGCGUGCGCCUGAAGAAGUACCGCGGUAUGGGCAGUCUGGAAGCAAUGGAGCGCAAGGAUGGUAAGGGUGCAGCCAGCUCACGAUACUACCACACUGAGAUCGAGAAGCUGCGCGUGGCGCAAGGCGUCAGUGGCAGCAUCGUCGAUAAGGGUUCAAUUCUGCGAUUCGUACCGUACCUGUUGUGCGGCCUCCAACACAGCUGCCAAGAUAUUGGCGCACGUUCCAUCUGUAAUCUAAGGAAAAUGAUCUACAACGGCGAGCUAAGGUUUAUGAAACGCACCCACUCGGCCCAGCUCGAGGGCAACGUGCAUGGCUUGUUCUCGUACGAGAAACGCCUGUUCUGAGACCAACCCAACCCUCAGGAGCCCGCACUAGGAGCAACCGCCCCUUUUCGCUCCUGCCCAAUGCGGUAGAGUGGUGUUGCAUUGGAAGACUUUUGAUUAUUUUCUAUUCAUCCUAGGACAGGUAGAGGCCAAUCUUAAACAGAAUCGCAAACAUUGUCGAACAGUGUGUGAUCACUGCAACGUUAUAACCUACAAAGUUAGAACAUAAACGAGGAUCUACGGUGGUGGGACAGAAGGCAUUAGGCUAGCGUACAACGCAAUGCAUGAUAAUGAUCCGGUUCCGCACUACGCUCCUUGCUCUCCCAAUCUUUCCUUAACCGGUGGAUCAAUCGCCUUAAAACGAAUCAUCUCGUUAGGAGUUUAUUUAUGCAACACAAAAAUUGUAAAAAAAUUAACAAAAAUUAACAAUCAAUCGAUCGCAUCGCAAAUAUUGUUCUAGUUUAAGUUUUCGCCGUUUUGUAACGGCACAUGGCGCAUUCAUACACCCCGUACUGCUGCAUUGCGAUGCGAUCGCACCCUCGUUCUCCAUGUUGGAGAAGCCACCAUUUACCAUUCGAAUUCGCAUCGCGAGACAGUUUGUCGUAUCGUGUACAUGCAUGUAAACUUACUUAACGCAAUCGUGUAGCACGAUUUCGCUCUCCUAAUAAUAUCAAUCAGGACGUAUGUUAAUGCUGGUAUAGUACUUGGUUCUUUGGGCUAAAAUUCAACGCGAAAUUUACCUGUGAGCAUUAUUGAGGAGAAUAUUAUUGUAUAGAAGAGCAACAUUUCCAAACUACCACUGCUGAAGUUAGCAACUCAUCUGUUGUAUUAUGGCGCAAAGGACCUGCGUGACAUAGUCAACCAAAGGUAGCGACAGGGCUAAUGAUUUUGCGACGAUAAAUGGAAUAUAUGUUCGCUUAAGUAAUGUGCAGUCUGUAUGGCUUAUCGUACGCUACACUAAGAGAAGCUUAUUGGACAUUAAUUAAUGCAUUUUGUGUCUAAUGUUAGUUUGUACGACCGGCAAAAAAUUAAACUAAUACAUCGUAAUGAACAUGAGCUGUCCAAUUUUGCGAACCUUUGGCUAAUAUGUGGCUGAUAUGUUACAGGUCGAUUAUGUGGCAGUAACACUUCAAUUAUGGGAAAAAUAUAUAUAUGAAAUAUAUUCAAAU